CCGCCGCAGAGCAGCCCCCGCCCCUGCCUGCCCGGGCGGCAACCGCCCCGCUGCCCCCGGUGCCCGCACAGCUCGGGAGGCGGGGGCAGCCCCGAGGGGUCGGUCCCGCGGCUGCGCCCGGCCGGCCCCGGCAGAAACUUUGCUGGCCCGGCCGUUCUCGCAGCUCUCCGCCGCCGGGCGAGCGCUUAGGCGGCGCGGCGACUAAUCCCGGCAAGAGUUUUGCAAAGCUCUUAAACAUCCCAAGCUGUGCGCAGCAACCUGUUUUCUGCGAGGUUGCCGGCGAGGAGGCAUUAGUGUUCGCAAUUACCCGGAGAGGGGAGGCGUUUUCCACAGGGGACCUUUCCUCACCAAUAAAGCCACCAACUGCCCGCAGCGGCGGGAGGACGUAAAUAGGCAGCGCGGGGCCGGAGCGGCUGCUGGCGCGGAGGCAGCGGUCCCGGGAAAGGGCGGAGCGCCGGUGGGGGGGAUCCUCCCGGCGCUGCACUUGCUACAUUAACUCGGCGCGUCGGAGACGGAGACACAACUUUCCGAGUCUGCCCCGGGAGGCGGCGAGAAGAGCCUCCUCGCUGCUCCGCUCGCCGCGCCCCCGCGCCGGCCGCUUCCCGCGGCGAGCCCCGGCGGCAGCGGGAGCCGCGCCCGGGGGGCAGCGGCGUGGCAGCUGCCCCCGCCCCGGCGAAGCGGGCGGCCCCCGGCGGCCGGGCGGGCAUGUCUCCCGCUCCCAGCCCCGCCGAGCGGGGCGGCUGCCGCCUCUGAAAGGGAGCGGGCGACCCCCGCCGCCACCCGGCCAUGCAGCCCCUCCGCGCUCCCCUCGCCCUGCUCUGCCAGGUGCUGGGCGCCUGGGCCGCUUGCGCCCUGGCCCCCGCCGCCGCCGCCGGGCUGCCGGCGCCCCCGCAGCGCGCCAGCUCGCCGCCAGCCCCGACGCCCCUCGACGCGGGCGGGCGGGCGGCCGCGGCUCUCCCCGGGCGCGGAGCCCUCCCCCGCGGGGCCGGAGCGGCGGGGCCGGGCGGCGGCUGCGCCCCCCGCGGGGCGGCGGGGGCCGGGCGGCGGCGGGCGCGGAGCAGCGAGCGCGGGGCCGGCGCGGCGGCGGGGAGGGGCGCGGCGGGCGGCCCCCGCUGGCUGCCCCUGAACGGCUCGGCCGGCGGCGAGGGCAGCGCCGGGGGCCGCGGCAACGCCACAGGGCGCCGCGCCCGCCUCCGCAACCCCUUCUACCCGCUGACCGAGGAGUCGUACGGCGCCUACGCCGUCAUGUGCCUCUCCGUGGUGAUCUUCGGCAUCGGCAUCAUGGGCAACAUGGCAGUGAUGUGCAUCGUCUGCCACAACUACUACAUGCGGAGCAUCUCCAACUCUCUGCUGGCCAACCUGGCCUUCUGGGACUUCCUCAUCGUCUUCUUCUGCCUGCCGCUGGUCAUCUUCCAGGAGCUCACCAAGAAGUGGCUCCUAGAAGACUUCUCCUGCAAGAUCGUCCCGUACAUCGAGGUAGCCUCUCUGGGAGUCACCACGUUCACACUUUGUGCCCUCUGCAUCGACCGAUUUCGUGCCGCCACCAACGUGCAGAUGUAUUAUGAGAUGAUCGAAAACUGCACCUCGACGACUGCCAAGCUGGCUGUCAUCUGGGUGGGCGCGCUGCUGCUGGCCCUGCCGGAGGUGGUGCUGCGCCAGCUGGCACGGGAGGACCCCGAGUACAGUGGCAGCCCGCCGGGAGAGCGCUGCGUGGUGAAGAUCUCCACCGCGCUGCCUGACACCAUCUACGUGUUAGCUCUCACUUACGACGGGGCAAGACUCUGGUGGUACUUUGGCUGCUACUUUUGUUUGCCUACUCUUUUCACUAUUACCUGCUCCCUGGUAACCGCGAGGAAAAUCAGGAGGGCGGAAAAGGCUUGCACAAGGGGGAACAAGCGACAAAUUCAGCUGGAAAGUCAGAUGAACUGCACAGUGGUGGCUUUGACCAUUUUAUAUGGGUUUUGCAUCAUUCCUGAAAACAUUUGCAACAUUGUGACUGCCUACAUGUCCACAGGGGUCUCUCGGCAGACUAUGGACCUCCUCCAUCUCAUUAGUCAAUUCCUUUUGUUUUUUAAGUCCUGUGUUACCCCAGUUCUCCUUUUCUGUCUCUGUAAACCUUUCAGCCGGGCCUUUAUGGAGUGUUGCUGUUGCUGCUGUGAUGAAUGCAUCCAGAAGUCUUCAACAGUGACAAGUGAUGACAAUGACAAUGAGUACACCACAGAACUGGAGCUCUCCCCUUUCAGUACCAUCCGUCGUGAAAUGUCCACUUUUGCCUCCGUUGGGACUCACUGUUAGUUGACCUUAGGACUUUAUUUCCUGUAUCUUUUUCCUUUUUCUUCUUCUGUUGUUUUUUUUGGGUUUUUUUUUUUUAAUUCAUAUUUUUCUUGAAGCAAAAUGCAAAAAAAAAAUUAUUGAAAGUUAUUAUUGAAAACUACUCUGGAAACCAAUCUGUCUAUUAACAGUCAUGCUUUGGAAAAUAGUUUGUUUAUUAAAAUGAAAGGUCGAGAGAGAAGGAGAGCCAGCACUAGGUUUUAAAUCAUGAUAUUUUGCAUGGUGCUAGGACUUUAUUGUUUGGGGAGGAAAAUCCAUAUCAAUCCACUUUAUUUAAUUCCAUAGGAAUUUUUUUUAUAAUCGCUGUAAAAUGAUUAUAUAGACAUUGUCGAUUUUGCAAGGUGUUUCAUGUAAAAGAUGUGGUGGAAAGUAUUUGAAGGUAGCUUUAAUCCAAUUUCUGUACACUAUUGCGAGAGGGCUUGGACUUCAGAAAAUUUAUAAAGUAGCAUAAAAAUAAAUGAGGUUUUAUUCUUUAACUUCAUUGUCAAUCUGCAUUUAACAAGGAUGCCUAUAGAUAAUACUAAAUUCCUUCAAUAAGUAAAAAAAUCUUGGCAUAAAAUAAUUUAAAUGGCCGUAUUUAAUUUACCAUUUGUGUACUUACCCUUGGAAGCUAUAAUUACAAUGUUUAGGGAAGAUGGUUAUAAUGGUAUUAGAUUUACACAAGUGGGGUUUUUUAAUGUGUAUUACAAAGGUUCAAUGUGCCUCAUUGAAAAUUUCCUUCUUAACCUGCAGGUGCACAAAACCUGAGUGAUUUUGUACUACUUAUGAAGAAAGAUUUGCUUUCUCACUAGAUUCUGUCUUCUGUGGUUUCAACAUCAGGUUUAUUUCCAACUUGUUAUUGGUUUUACAUUAAGAUUAUGUCCUCAGUGUCUGUGUAUAUAGCUCCAACUGGCUUCAGUGAGAGUCCCAUUGCAGAGGAAGGCAUUCUUUUGCCAGAGGUUUGCUGACAAUAAAUGUGAGGGACUGAAACAUGUGGAGAGUGGAUUCCUUCUUUUUAUAAAGGGUAUAAACACACUUGGACGCUUGGGGCUUGACCCAGAGCCUGUUGCAGUCAAUGGAAAGCUUUCCAUUAAUUUCAGAGGGCUUUGGAUCAGACUGGCAUCUCCUAUUUAUUCUGGGAUAUGUAGCAUGAAUAUUAAUCAGGGGGGCUCUGUGUACCGAUAAUAAAUCAUGUUGCUCUCACAGAGACUGCUAUUCAGUAGCAGCUCACAGCUCUGAAGCUGUUUUUGAGAACCAUGGUGUGUUUUACUGAUGGCUUCUUGCUGUCCACAGAGUUAUUAAAAUGAGGGUACGUCAACACUGCCAGCAAAGUGCAAUAUAGUGAAACCUAAAGUUGUUGUAAGCAAGCCAGGCUGGAGACUGGAAAGUGCCUAUCUGUACCAGCAGAGCUUAUUUGCCCUACUUCUUGGCUGAAGCAGACAGGCUGUUCUUGGCAGGCAAGCUGGCUCGUAUUUACACUGGGCAGCAAGCUGAAGUGUAGAAACAUGCUAAGGAACUGAAUUUGUUAUAAUUAGCUUAUAUUUUAAUACCAAUUAAAUAAAUAAUACAAUUGCGAUAGUAUGUGCAGUAGUAGAAUCACAUGCAUUUGUCCUUGGAAAUUAACAGUGAUUGUAACUGAUGUAGUCUUACUUCCCAAUACCUGCCUCUAAAUAUGUUAAAGAACUUUCUGUAACUUCUGGAAAGGAGUCAAUUUUUUAUUUGUGGAUUCUGGACUUGAUAUGUUUAAUCUUUGUAUCUGGUUGGGCAAGCAGUAUUUCUUUUUCUUCACCAUUUUAACCUAUAACAAUUUCAACUGAGAGGUAGUUGAAAUUAAAGAAUCUGAAUUUGAAUCUAUAUGCACUUGAGUUCUUUUUCUGACUUUUGAUUUAGACAUUGAGCCCUAGCAAAGCAAUCUGCUUUAAGCACAGGCCUAAAUUUAAAUAUUUGUUUCUGUUUAGAACUUGCUAAAUUACCUAAGCUUUAAAAAUCUUUUUGUAGCAUAGUCUGUCACUUCUGAAGGCGGGGGAACUGUCCUUUCCUUAUAAACCCUUCACUGACUUCACGUUGCUUGAUUACAUCCAAUAAACUACGAAAGGGAUUGAAAAGAAAAGAUGAAAACAAAAUCUCCUUACUGUGAUGCCUGUGUCUCCUCAAAUACGUAUUCCCAUCUCUGCAUUUUGAUUUGUGCUAUGUCUUUUAGGUGCCAAUAUUUAUAAAGAAUGGGAAUAAAAACUCCUUUUUUUGUUCCUUGCUGAA